AUGCGCCCCACGAACGAUAUUCGUGAUCGCAAAUCGCGAUUAUCGGAUUCAGAUAAUACGAACUCAAAGCUUGAAAAUGACAAGAAGACUCCGAGGGCUCUUUUAUCAAGCUCUUCUGCCACUGGCAAUCCUCGAAACAAAACAGCUUUGGCUCCUGGACACUCUCUAAUGGAUUGGAUACGGUUAGGAAAUUCUGGAGUUGACUUAUCUGGUACCAAAGGUAAAAUUAUUCGAGUAAAUAAAGCAGAACUUUGCAAACAUGCAUCUGCAGAUGAUCUUUGGCUGGCAAUUAGGGGUCAAGUUUUUAAUGUAACGAGGUAUUUAAGUUUUCAUCCAGGAGGACAUGAAGAAUUAAUGCGAGGUGCAGGUAAAGAUGCUACUGCACUUUUUGAUGCUGCUCAUGCUUGGGUAAAUUAUCAGACAAUACUGCAGAAGUGUGUUAUUGGACCCUUGGUUUCAGAUAUACCAUCUCCCCUAGACGAAUUAAAUUUUAGCAGUAAAAAUAUGUUGAGGCGACCAAGAUUGCCUCAGGAGUUCUUGCAACGAUUUGGUAAUCACAUUACAAUAUGCCAAGGAGUACUUUAA